GCUGGGGAGGGGAAAGGAGGGGAAGAGAGGGGGAGCCUGAGCUCCAGCCGCAGCCGCGGCGGGUGCAAGAGAUGCGGGAGGUGCGCGUACCCAGCCCUGGAGCUGCCCCAGGAGGGGCCCUCAGGGAGCGCCCAGGGCCUGAAGGGGCUUGAGGGGGCUGGAGGGGAGGGGACAGAACCCGACAGGACCGCGGCCCCCCCCCCCCUCCCCGCAGCCCCAGCCCCCGCCGCCCCAGACCCGGUGCAGCUGCCGCUUGGAGCUAGCCUGACCGGCCAGCGCACCGAACAAGGUGCCGCUGCCUGGGCGCGCACAGCUGCUGCGGCGGCGGCUGUGCGGGGGGGAGGGGGGGAGCCGACCCCCGAAUCCUCUCCUUCCCCCCCCCCUCGCAGGAUGCCCGGCUGAGCCGCCGCCACAGCGCGGGCAGGGACAGGUGCGCGCCGAGCGCAGCGCAGGGCACGGCGCGGGGAGCCGAGCGCAGACGCUCUCGGGGGACCGCGGGCAGCCGAGGACCGGACUGGACCCUCGCUCGCUUGGGUAGCAGAGCUACCUGCUCUGGGCCCCCAAGAGGUGGCGCUACGAAGGGGUCCAGCACCUCUCGGGGCGCGACACACGACCCAGCGGUGCCCCGGUCCCAGUUCCUCGGAGCCCCCAGACCCGGCCCAGGAUUCUUUCCACAGCACCACCAGGCCUCUCUCCAGACCUGGCAGGACUCAACAGUUCCUUGGUUUCUGUGUGGCUGUUACUAACCCUAGUGGCCUGAGAUUUGGAACCUUUGAACUAGAUGGUGUCAGCCCUGUGAACCAGCUGAGGAAGAGAUUCAGUUCCUAGACAGACUGAGAACCAGGUGAGGCAGAAGCAGCUGUGAGCAGAGCCUGGUCAUCCGAUCCCCCUAUGGAGCAAAAGACUCUGAGAUCAAUUCUUCCCAGCUAUGCGUUCAUUCCUGAGGUUCUUGGAAGCACUUCAUAACCAACUCCUGAUCCAUCAUUUGACAAAGGACGAAAUGAAGCUGUCUGGAAGGGAAUUCAGGCCAUCAGCACAAACAGGAGAUGACCUAGAGUGAAGUCAGGAGACCUUCAUCAUUCCCUGUUCAUUGAUGUCCACUUCUGGAACCAUGCCAGCGCCCAGCCUGCCACCUUUCCUGGUGCUGAGGACCUGGACCCACAUCCUGCUCCAGAUCCUGACCUUGAUUCUGGGAGCUGUCCAGGGCCUCUUCCCCGAGGAGCCUCAACCCCUCGCAGUGGCACCACGGGAUUACGUAAAGCAGUACCCAGUGUUCACAGGCAGUGGUCCAAGCCGCUUCCCUCUAGCCUCCAGCACCGAAGGGCUCAACAUUCAACGUAUGCUUCGGGUCAACAGGACCCUGUUCAUUGGAGACAGGGAUAACCUGUACCGAGUAGAGCUGGAACCACCCACGACCAGUGAACUGCGCUACCAUCGGAAGCUGAGCUGGCAGUCAAAUCCAAACGACAUCAACAUCUGUCGGAUGAAGGGGAAGCAGGAGGGCGAGUGCCGUAACUUUGUGAAGGUGCUGUUGGUUCGAGAUGAUAACACUCUCUUUGUGUGUGGGUCCAACGCAUUCAACCCUAUCUGUGCCAACUAUAGUAUGGACACCCUAGAGCCUAUGGGAGACAACAUCAGUGGCAUGGCCCGCUGCCCCUAUGAUCCCAAGCAUGCCAAUGUUGCCCUCUUCUCUGGUGGGAUGCUUUUCACAGCGACAGUCACUGACUUCCUGGCCAUUGAUGCUGUCAUCUACCGAAGUCUGGGUGACAGUCCCACACUCCGAACAGUCAAGCAUGAUUCCAAGUGGUUCAAAGAGCCUUAUUUUGUCCAUGCCGUGGAGUGGGGGAGUCAUGUGUAUUUCUUUUUCCGAGAGAUUGCUAUGGAGUUCAACUACCUGGAGAAGGUUGUGGUGUCUCGUGUGGGCCGCGUGUGCAAGAACGAUGUGGGUGGCUCCCCUCGAGUACUGGAGAAGCAAUGGACCUCCUUCCUCAAGGCCCGACUCAACUGCUCUGUGCCCGGAGACUCCCACUUCUAUUUCAACGUCCUCCAGGCCGCCACUGGCAUCCUCAAUUUGGGAGGCCGGCCUGUGAUCCUGGCCCUGUUUUCUACCCCCAGCAACAGUAUCCCUGGCUCAGCUGUCUGCGCCUUUGACAUGGGCCAGGUGGCAGCUGUCUUUGAGGGCCGCUUUCGGGAACAGAAGUCGCCAGAGUCCAUCUGGACCCCAGUGCCUGAAGAGCUGGUACCCAAGCCUCGGCCUGGGCUCUGUGCAGCCCCUGGAAUGCCCUACAAUGCUUCCAGUGCCUUCCCCGAUGAGAUCCUCAACUUUGUCAAGACCCACCCCCUUAUGGAUGAGGCGGUCCCUUCCCUGGGCCAUGCCCCCUGGAUUGUGCGCACCCUUGCCCGGCACCAGCUGACCCGAGUAGCUGUGGACACAAAUGCAGGGCCCUGGGGGAACCAGACCGUUGUGUUCCUGGGUUCUAACACGGGUACCGUGCUGAAGUUCCUAAUCCGACCAAGUAGCAGUUCCCGGGGUCCCACCGAGCAGAGUGUCUUUCUGGAGGAGUUUGAGACCUACCGGCCGGACAGGUGUGGACGUGGCCCUGAGGAGAGCCGGAGGCUUUUGAGUUUGGAGAUUGACCCCACAGCUGGUGCCCUGCUGGUGGCCUUCCCUCGGUGUGUGGUCCGUGUGCCCAUGGCCCGCUGUCAGCAGCACUCAGGCUGCAUGAAGAACUGCAUUGGCAGCCAGGACCCCUACUGUGGCUGGACACCAGAUGGCUCCUGCAUCUUCCUGGUCCCAGGCACCAGGGCUACCUUUGACCAGGAUAUCUCUGGAGCCAGCACAUCUGGCUUAGGUGACUGUACUGGGCUCCUUCGGGAAAGCUUCAUGGAGGAGCGGGCUGGCCUCGUGUCUGUGAACUUGCUGGUGACUUCCUCAGUGGCUGCCUUUGUCAUUGGGGCUGUGGUCUCCGGCUUCAGUGUCUGCUGGUUCGUGGGGCACCGAGACCGGCGGGAGUUGGCUCGCCGCAAGGACAAGGAGGCGAUCCUGGCACAUGGUGGGGAGGGCCAGGUGGUGAGCGUGAGCCGCCUGGGUGAGCGGCGUGGAGGGGCCGGGCCCCGGGCCGGGCCCCCUGAGACCCUGCUGGCCCCCCUCAUGCAGAAUGGCUGGCCCCAAGCAGCCUUGCUGCAGGCUGGCCAACAUGAACUCGCCUCAGGCCUCCUGCCCACCCCUGAGCAGACACCCCUGCAGCAGAAACGCUGCCCUGGUGGACUGCAGCGGCGUGCCUGGGAGCAGAGUCAAGGAGUCCUGCACACUGUCCUCCGGGAGCCCUCUGGAAAUGCCCCGUCCCUUGGUGCUGCCUCCUCCUCUUCCUCUUCCAUCAUCCUGCUGCACCCUGGUGGUGGCGGGCAUGGGCCAGACCCAGAGGCAGGUGGUGAUGUGCGUUUCCUGCCCUCAGCGAUGGCCGGGGGCCGGGACCAAGUGGGUGGGGUGGCCCCCUCCCAAGUCAGGCCAGGCCGGGCCUCUUACGUCGACUUCCCUAUCACACCGCAUGCCAGCCCUGAUCGGCGGAGGGUAGUUUCAGCACCUACGGGCCAUCUGGACCCAGCCACUGACAGCCUCUCCCGGCCCUGGAGCCCUCCCACAGGGAGCCUGACAAGGAGUGGCCCGGCUGCCCCGGCCCUGCGGCGUACACACACCUUCAACAGUGGCAGUGGCAGCAGUGAAAGUCGCCCAGGGGAGCCCCACCACACCCGACGCCCCCGCCCGCUCACAGACUUUGCCCGCUUGCUCCCCUACGGGCCUGAGAGGACUGCACCCCCUGUGCAGUAAAGAGUCAGGGGACACAGCCCAUCGAUGCCCCCUCAAUACCCUCCUGGCCUCCACUUCCCUGGCGAGGGGACCCAGGCACAGAGCCCGCCAGCCCGGGCCCAGGAAGAAGCUGGCCAGGCAAAAGAUGGCCCCCAGGCCCUCAUUAAAGCAACAGCCAGCCCUGGUCCUCCUCCGAGCAGGGUGCUCCUGGGGAGUUGGGUUCCUUCUCACACCGGCCCUCCGCGUCCCCCCCAGGGAGCUACACAAGAAGCACAAGAGCGUUGAUCCCUUCCCUUGGGGGUUGGAAGAAGCUGUGCUGGUCUGGGGUGGGAAGGAUUUGGAGUCAGAGGAUUUGGGUUCAAAUCCCAGCUCUGCCUCUGACUAGCUUUGUGACUGUGGGCAAGUCAUC